UACGGUUGUUGCCACAAGGUUGACGUCUCGCGCUCGUUGUUAAACGUACGCGUUUGGAAGCUUCCAAACACAAUUAUAUCAUUUCAAAUUGUCGGCGGAGAUUUCAUAUUGGUCGUGUGCAAGGCGAGUUACGGGGUGGGCGUGUUUUAUAUCUCCGCCCACUCCGGAACACUGAAGUGAGCUUUGAUUAUUUUUGUUUUUUUUUUAGCUGACGUGGAGUUAGACGCCUUUUUCUCGCGUCGGUGCUUGUACGCAAGUAUUCUGACGAGAAUGGCUUGUUCGGAAUUUAAAGCUUGAACACAAUAGCCCCGAAUGAUUCUUUUUUUUUAAGUCGACACACUUGAGCUCCGGCGUCGACGUGGGGGCCGAAGUUGGAGGAUUGCGACGCGGAGAAACGGCGGUUAUGCACUGCGGAAGAGGACCCCAGGCAGGCGGCCGGCGCAAGACCAUGACCCUGCCUUGCUUCUUGGUCCUCUGCCUCCUGUCACCUGUGGCGCUGGGCUACAAGCAGGGGGACAAAGUGACUUUGUAUGUCAACAAAGUGGGUCCUUAUCAUAACCCUCAGGAGACGUAUCACUUCUACACCUUGCCUGUUUGCAGGCCGGACAAGGUGCAUCACAAGUCUCUCAGCCUGGGAGAAGUGCUGGACGGCGACAGAAUGGCCGAAUCGCUCUAUCAAAUUAGCUUCCGGGAAAAUGUGGAGAAGAAAACUCUUUGUCAGCUCACGCUCUCGGAGAAUCAGGUGGACCAGCUUCGCGAGGCCAUCGAGGAGCUCUACUACUUUGAAUUUGUCCUGGACGACAUUCCCAUCUGGGGUUUUGUGGGCUACAUCGAGGAGAGCGGCUUCCUGCCGCACAGCCACAAAGUGGGCCUGUGGACUCACCUGGACUUCAACAUUGAGUACAACGGCGACUCGGUCAUCUUCGCCAACGUCUCCGUGAAGGACGUCAAACCCGUCCCCUUAGAGGACGGCGCCGGAGCAGCCGUCGGGGGAGGUCUGACGCUCACGUACUCGUACAGCGUGCGCUGGUUCGAGUCCCCCCUGCCGCACGCCCGUCGAGCGGAGCGCCUCAGGGACCACUCCUUCUUCCCCAAAACGCUGGAGAUCCACUGGCUGUCCAUCAUCAACUCGCUGGUGCUGGUGGUGCUGCUCCUGGGCUUCGUCAUCAUUAUUCUCAUGCGGGUCCUGAAGAACGACUUUGCCAGGUAUAAUGUGGAGGAGGAGGUGGGCUCCGAUGACCUGGACCAAGGAGACAACGGCUGGAAGAUCAUCCACACCGACGUCUUUCGCUUCCCCCCUUACAAAAGCCUGCUGUGCGCCGUGCUGGGCGUGGGGGCCCAAUUCCUUACCCUUGCUACAGGAAUCCUUGUGAUGGCGCUCCUGGGAAUGUUCAACGCGCACCGCCACGGCGCCAUUAACUCUGCUGCCAUCGUUUUGUACGCUCUGACCAGCUGCGUGUCGGGCUACGUCUCGUGCAGCUUUUACACGCAAAUCAACGGCAAGCGUUGGGUGUGGAACAUCAUCUUGACCUCCACACUCUUUUCCGCUCCUCUGUUCCUGACGUGGAGCGUUGUCAACUCCGUCCACUGGUGGAGCGGCUCGACGCAGGCCUUGCCGGCCUCCACCGUGCUGCUCCUGCUGGGGGCCUGGGUGCUGGUGGGCUUCCCGCUCAGCGUCAUCGGCGGUAUCGUCGGCAAGAACCGAGCGGGCGACUUCCAGGCCCCCUGCCGCACUCGCAAUAUCGCCCGGCAGAUCCCCGCCCAGCCCUGGUACAAGCACGGCGCCGUGCACAUGGCCAUCGGCGGCUUCUUGCCGUUCAGCGCCAUCUCGGUGGAGCUUUACUACAUCUUCGCCACGGUGUGGGGCAGGGAGCACUACACGCUCUACGGCAUUCUGCUGUGCGUCUUCGCCAUCCUGCUGUCGGUGGGCGCCUGCAUCUCGGUGGCCCUCACCUACUUCCUGCUCUCGGGCGAAGACUACCGCUGGUGGUGGCGCAGCGUGCUCAGCACGGGCUCCACCGGCCUCUUCAUCUUCAUCUACUCGCUCUUCUACUACAGGAACAGGUCGUCCAUGAGCGGCCCGGUGCAGAGCACCGAGUUCUUCGGCUACUCUCUGCUCACGGCGCUGGUCUUCUCGCUGAUGCUGGGCAGCGUGUCCUUCUGGGCCUCGCUGGCUUUUAUUCGCUACAUCUAUCGCAGUCUUAAGAUGGACUAGGCCAAGCCCGAAGCUCCGGAAAGCUUUGAUCGCGCCGCUGGCGGGCUUUGGUCUCCCGUUCCUUUUUACGCUCAUGCCACAUGGCAGAACAUCCCGGGACUCGGACCGGAGCCGGCGGUCCAAGUUGAGGGGCGAUCAGAAAUGAGCAUGGAUUGUCUGAAGAAGGGUGCAUGUGGGGCUGCUUUAAAAAAAAAGUGUUGUGACUUGUCACAGACCCCCUUGCCCCAUUCUGUUUUUUUGGGUGUGGGGGUGCAACACGCAAAUGUUGACAAAUAAUUCUCCAAACUGCACCGUGUUACAAAGUAACUUGCAAUACGAUUCUUUGUCAAUGAUUUGAAAGCGACGCUUUUUAUUGGUCCCGCAGAGGAGACGUUGACGCCCCCUUGAGGAAAAUGGUGUAUAGCAUCGGUGAGGGGAGCCAUAGCGACGUUGCGGCCGCCAUUAACUGUGAUGUGUUCUCAUCGAAAUACUCUUUUCAAUAAAAGACAUUUCAGAA